UUGUCCUGUACAACUUAUGCUGGUAACAACAAGAUCGUCAGUGUUCUCGAUGGAAGCGAUAUCGUUGAAGUUGAUGUGACUUCAGGCGAAGUAACCAAAGUACACAGCAAUCUUGAUGCUGUCGUAUGGCUCGGCUUCUUCUCAAAUACAAUUCACUUCGCUGACGCAAAUGGAAGCUUCUAUAAACUUGACGGGUCAUUACCCGAAAAGCUAUUCCAUGUUAACUCAUCUGAUAGUUACUACUGCGCUGUCGAGAACGGAAGUAUCUUCGUUCUGACUUCUACACAUGAAUUGUUCAAAGACGGCCGACUAGUAGCCGACUCUGUGAGCUCAUUUGUCGUUGGCAGAAACUUCUGUUUAUACACUACUUUGCAAAACAAACUUCUAAUCUACAGCGCGGAAGAAUGGGUCAAAUUAGCAGAGCCUCGAGGAUUAGAAAUUGGAAGUCGACUAGUUGAUAUAGCUAGGGAAGGUACUGCUGUCACAAUGCAGAUGCCUAGGGGAAACUUGGAAACAAUCCAUCCUCGACCAUUUGUUGUUGAAACCUUGCGAAAAUUGAUAGAUGAACUUAAGUAUGUUGAAGCUAUGAGGCUUAUGAAGAAACAUAGAAUUGAUAUGAACCUUCUUUGUGAUCAUAACCCGGAGGUCUUUGUGGAUAACAUUCAAAAACUAUUGAAUGGAUUAGAUGCUGAUCUUGUUAACUUGUUUAUUGCUAGUCUGAACCAAGAUCGCAGUGAGUUUUGUACUGCGGAAGUUCUGCCUGAUAAGGUGUCAUUUAUCACUGAAGAGUUAUGUAAAUACGUUCUUGAAUUGAAAGUAGCUGAACGCCUCAAGGUGUUUACAGUUCUACUUUCAUCUCUCUUGAAAUCAGCACCACCAAGAACUGAAGAAGCUUUGAAAUACAUAAAAGAACAUACUGAUGAGAUGAACAGUCUCGACAAAGAUUUUCAUUCAAGAAAAUGGUUGCACCAUGUUUCCUUCUUUGUUACUGAUGGUUCCAUGUUCAAUGCAGCUUUGGCAACUUAUGAUCUAUCACUCACUGUCCAAGUAGCUGAAGCCUCCAACAGAGAUCCAAAAGAGUACUUACCUCUUCUGAAUGAAUUGCGAAAGCUUGAACCUGAGGAGUAUCGCAAGUACCGAAUUGAUCUUCUUCGUGAGGAUUGGAAGACUGCUCUGAGCAACAUCGCCAAACUUGACGACCGCUUUGAGGAAGCUGUAGAGCUCGUGAAAUCCAAAGGAAUAUAUUCUGAUGCUUUGGAAAUCUUCUUGGAAGACGACGAGAAGUUCAAGAAAAUCGCCAAGCUCUGUGCUACACAUUAUGAAACUAAGAGUGCUUUCAAUGAAGCCUUAAUAUUCUUCGAGAAGGCUGAAGACUACGAAAACGCUUUGAAAUGUUGUAUUAGUGUUGGUAGUUUGCCUGCCCUGCAGAGAAUCUUCAAGAAAGCUGGUCUUUCGGUAGAAGAAGAGAAGAAUCAGUUGAAGAAGUUGGUUCUCAUGUUGAAGCAGAAGUCUCGAUUUGCAGAUGCUGCUGUUGUUUACGAACUUAUGGGUGCUCAUAAUGAUGCGAUUGCUAUGCAUAUUGCUGCUGGACACUGGAAUUAUGCAUCCAACGUUCAUUACUUCGAUGAAGUUGAAGACAUAGUCAAUCAAGAAGCUCUCAAUCACGUUGAGACUAUCGUCAGAGAAAUCAUUUCUUACGAAAGCGAUUUUGCAAGAUUCGUCAAACGCUUAGAAGUGGUACGAGAAACUAAGGAGAAGCUGCUACAAAACUUGAAGGAUGGCAUCGAAACUGGGCGUGAUCUUGAGGAUUGUGAUGCCUUCUCAGAAGCUGCAUCGACUUUAUCAAUGAUCAGUAGACGAACAGGAAGGACAACAAGCAGUCGAGCAAGCACAACAGCAACAGUCAGAAAGAGGAAGCAGAUUGAUCGUAAGAAACAAUCGUUGAAAGAAGGAGGAGAGUAUGAGGAUUCAGCGAUCUUACUCACUUUGAAGAAACACUAUGCUUGGGCCAAUAAAACUGCAGUUACUAUCAAAACACUCUCGGUGUGUCUGCUGCGUUGUCUGAAAAUCCGCGAAGCGAAGCUAUUGCAAGAUAAGUUCAGCAAAUUCCGAACACUUCUCCAAAAUCAGAAACACCAUGUUUGGCCUAACAGAUGGGAGCCAAAACAUCUCGCCGGUCCUGUGUAUGCUUUGUAUUCAGUGGACAAUGUUUUCAGCUUCCCUCCGGAAGGAGGAAUGCCUAGUAGUAUCGUCCUAGAGCCUGAACUUAUCGCACCAGAGCUCGUCGAUGAAGAAGCUUUCAAAAUUCAUUUAUAA